GUACGCUGAGGUCAAGGGGAAAGAAGCAUGGCUGCCUUGUUUAGAGGGUCGCGGAAUGUAUUGUUACGGUGGAGUAAGCAUGUCGACCUUGCUUUCGUGUCAACACGAUCAAUGGCCUCAAAAACACCAGUGGGGUUUGUUGGUCUGGGAAACAUGGGCAGCCCCAUGGCCAAAAACCUGUUAAAAAACGGUUAUCCUGUUAUUGCCACUGAUGUCUUCCCUGAGUCUUGCAAGCAGCUGCAGGACAUGGGUGCCCAGGUAGUAGACUCUCCCGGAGAGGUGGCGGAGAAAGCAGACAGGAUCCUCACAAUGCUCCCCUCCAGUCCCAACGUCAUUGAAGUCUACACAGGCCCAAAUGGCAUCCUCAAAAAGGUGAAGAAGGGAACACUGUUGAUUGACUCCUCCACCAUCGACCCUGCCGUCUCAAGAGAGAUGGCAGCAGCUGCAGAGAAGAUGGGUGCAGUGUUCAUGGAUGCUCCAGUGUCAGGAGGUGUCGGGGCUGCCAGCUUGGCCAAACUGACCUUCAUGGUCGGCGGAGUGGAGGAGGAAUACAACGCUGCGCAGGAGUUGCUCACCUGCAUGGGAGCCAAUGUUGUCUACUGUGGACCGGUUGGCACUGGACAGGCAGCGAAGAUCUGCAACAACAUGCUGCUGGCCAUCGGGAUGAUUGGGACCGCUGAGACCAUGAACCUGGGCAUCAGACUGGGUUUGGACCCCAAGCUGCUAGCAAAGAUCCUCAACAUGUCCUCAGGUCGUUGCUGGUCCAGCGACACGUAUAAUCCAGCCCCCGGCGUCAUGGAGGGAGUCCCCUCAGCCAACAACUACCAGGGCGGCUUUGGAACCACGCUCAUGGCCAAGGAUCUUGGUUUGGCUCAACACACUGCGACCAACACUAAGACACCCAUCCCUCUGGGCUCCCUCGCCCACCAGAUCUUCAGAGUCAUGUGCUCCCGCGGCUACGCUAACAAGGACUUCUCAUCCGUCUUUCAAUUCCUACGCGAGGAGGAAGGACAGUGAAUGGAGGAGGAGCACAGUUGACUGAAGUUACCAUAAAUAAACACACACACACAAACACACCCCAGUGCCCCUUAUCCUACUAUGCUCAGGAGAGACUAAGGCCUUCCCCUCAGGCACAGAUUUGCAGUCCAAUUAACAUACUGUAUGUCGACACGUGUUCCCUCAAAGCCUCGGAUGAAUCAUAUUUUCAAUUCAUGGCUGUCCGUCUGCAUAGGGGAAAUGCUAAAACUGACUUUAGAUCAGUUUCAAGAGACAAAGUCUGGAAUGAGAGGAAAGAGUGUAAAAUGAGAGGUAGGAAGAGGCACUGUUGGUGUGUAUGUACCAAGGCAAACAAUAUAUGAUUUUCCAAGUUGAUUGAUAAGUAAUAACUGCAUGAUGGUUAAAAGUUUAAGUAUGUGUUUGUCGGGUAUGUGCUUAUUGCCUGUUGCCCAAAUGACUCUGACUUGGCCUGGUUCAGUGAAAGGUCAGAAAAUAAAACACAAGCUACAGAGAGGAUUCACAUAGCAGUGAGAACAUUAAAGGCAAUCUAGGUUACCUUCUUCUGCUGGAGAAAGGAGUUGCAGCAUUUCAUGUAAGGUUACCAAAACCAGCCACACCGUGGGCUCAACGUUCACUUGUUUUGUUACAUUCGUCUGUUUUAGGGAGGAAAGCGGCGUCAUUCAGUCAUGUUGCCAGAAAACAUACUUUCAUUCACUCUCUGGAUCGACCACUUAAGCUAAGUUGAAUACUGUGAUUUAUAUAUCUGGUUAUUUUUGCACUGUGUGCAUCGCAGCGCGAUGUGCCGGGCCAUUUUUAACAGAAUAUCUUUGAACUUACCUGUCCUCUCUGAUAUCCACAACUGUUUAUUGAGCCACUAGAGUAUUAUUUUGUGACCAACACCGUUUGAAUUUUAUACUGUAAACUACAAAUCAUUGAUCUGCUCCUCAGGCACUUUCUGUUACUCGUUCUGACUUAAAUGCAAGUACCUCCUCACAUAUUUCUCCUGUCUCUCUCAACGACAUGUGUGUAAGCGAGGUGCGUUUCCUCUGAUCAAAUGUAUAUAAUGUAUAUUACAUAUUGAUGCAUAGUGUUGAAGAGAAAUCUAACUAGACUGUCACUUUUUGUAGUAAAAUGCAUUACUCGUCUACAGUUUGUCUUUGCUCUGUGAAACAGAUCCAGUCACACCGUAGCCUACAAAUAAAAGAUGUUACGUGUA